AUGAAAACCCUCUAUAAAAACGGCCUCAUCGUCAGCGACUCCGCAGCGGAGGAUACCUUCUCCACCUGCAUGCUCGUCCAGGAUGAUCGGAUCGCGUAUACCGGGAACGAUGUCCCCGAGGUGGAUGGGGAUGUCGAAGUGGUUGAUUUACAGGGGAGGAGGGUUUUUCCGGGGUUUAUUGAUGGACACAUGCACCUCCUCCUCUUCGGCUCCUCGCUCUCCAAACUCGAUCUCUCCCCCUGCACCUCCCUCUCAACAAUCCGCUCCACAAUCCAAGCCUACGCCCAAGCCAACCCGCACCUCCCCCGCCUCUUCUGCCGCGGCUGGAUGCACUCCAUGACCGACGGCGCCGCAUUAGCCUCAAUGCUCGACGACCUCGACCCCCGACCCAUCUUCAUCGACUCGAAGGACCUACACUCCGCGUGGUGCAAUACCCCUGCAUUGCGGGAACUCGGCGUCCAGGAUCUUCCUGACCCCGCGGGCGGGGUUAUUCAUCGUGACCAGGACGGAAACCCAUCGGGGCUGUUGAGCGAGGCUGCGGCGGUGAAUAUUGUCUGGCCGCAUGUGGCGAAGGUUGCGAGCAGGGAGGAGAAAAUCGGGUUUGUGAGGAAUGCGGUCAGAGCGUAUAAUGGGGCUGGGUAUACGGGUGUCGUGGAGAUGGCGACGGAUGAGAAUUUGUGGGAGACGGUUUUGGCGUUUCGAGAGGGAGAAGGGGAGAAGGGGAUGACGCUGCGUAUCGCGUCGCAUUGGAUUAUUCUUCCCGAUGCAGAUGAGACGAAGGUCCUAGAGCAAGUGGACCGCGCGAUCGAGUUGCAUGCGCGAUAUAACCUCACCACGAGCCCUGGGUUGCGCAUUGCCGGUAUCAAAGUGAUCUGCGACGGGGUGGUGGAUGCGUGCACGGCGGCCCUGACAGAGCCGUAUGCCAGCACCGGCACGAACUGCGAUCCGCUCUGGGACGCCACGAUGCUGGAGAAGGUGGUUCGGAAGGCGGACGCGGCGGGCCUGCAGUGCGCGCUGCAUGCUAUCGGCGACGCGACGGUGAAGAUGGCCGUGGAUGUGCUGGAACGGGUUGGCACGAAGGGUCGACGCCAUCGCAUCGAGCAUCUAGAAGUGACGGCGGCCGAGGACGCGAAGCGGCUGGGCGAGUUGGGGAUCACGGCGUCGGUGCAGCCGGUCCACGCGGAUCCGGCGAUUGUACGGGCAUGGCCGAAGCUGUUGGGCAAGGAGCGCUGCGAGAGGGCGUUUGCGUACCGUGAGUUUCUCGACGGGGGAGCGCAAUUGGCCAUUGGGACGGAUUCGCCGACGGCGCCGCAUCUGCCGUUCAGGAAUCUGUAUACGGCGACGACGAGACGGUCUGCGCGUGAGCCGGACUCCGUGGAGGUGUUCAACAAGCAUCUGGCCCUGUCGAUGAUGGAGGCUGUUGCGGCGGCUACGGCCGGGUCGGCGUAUUCGUGCUUUGCGGAUGGGUAUGCGGGCAGGUUGAGGGAGGGCAUGAAGGCGGAUUUUGUGGUCGUGGAUAUGCAGUGGGAGGCGGAUCGGUUGCUGGAUGCGACGGUGGAGGAGACGUAUUUUGAGGGGAGGAGAGUGUAUAAGAGAUGA